GACAUAUAAAUAUCAUGUACACUUACACUAGAAGAGACAAACGUAUACAUAUGCACAUAUGCGCAUUUGUACUUGCUUUAUUACUGGGCUAACAAUCCAUGCUCAAUAAGUAGGGUAGAGGGGAGAGUAUUAUUACAAAGGGAACAUUGGUACACAAAUUUAGCUGUUUUAAAUUCAUUUCAACUUUUGAAACAGUAUUUUUUAUAAUUACUUUUUUCUCUGAAAAUAUAGUUAGGCUUUAUGCAUUUGGUAACCAUGGUGUGUUGUGUUUGACAAAUACGUUUAGACAGCUUAUUAGAUGGUGGAAUAUUUACUGGAGAAAUGAUAGAAGUGUUUGGACCCCCUGCAGUUGGUAAAACUCAGUUAGCGCUAACAUUGACAGCUGCGACCAUUGAAAAACAGCACAAUGUUAUAUACUUUGAUUCAACAUCCUCAUUUUCUGCUGAACGUCUAUUGCAAAUUUUGAGUUUGAGAUCAAAUCUAUACAGUAUGCAGAGAAAUAAGCUACUUCUCUCAAAUGUGCGAUGUUUUCCGGUUUAUUUGGCAGUUGACUUUAUUGAUCAAUUAAAAAAAAUUGGGCAGGCGUUAGAACAAGAGUGGGAUUCUUUUUUUAUCAAAUCAAAACUAAUUAUUGUUGACUCAAUUGCUUCCCUCAUUACACCAAUUCUUGGUGGUCAGCAGUUCAAGGGUCAUGCGAUUAUGUCAAAGAUAGGAUUAUUAUUGAAGAAGAUAUCACAUCAAUUUGGCAUUGCUGUUCUAGUGAUAAAUAACUCUGUGUUGAAUUACAAGCCAGAUACAGUACCUUGUUAUGGUCAAUAUAAACCAUCUCUAGGUCAAACAUGGCACUGUGUACCAUCAAUUAGGUUGAUGUUGGAUUUUACAAAUGAAAAGAGUACACAAAGAGUAUGUACUAUUCAAAAGCAUACCAGAUUACCUGGCAAUUUAUCAACUUGUGUGUGCAUUCAAAUGGAAGGGUUGUGUACUUCUUCUGUGAAAAUGACAACAAAAUAGCGAUUUGAAAGAUUUGAUACGAAGGAAUGCUUUGAUUUAAUGUUUGAAUUGACAUAAAAAUAAUCGGUUUAAAAUAAAAAUCAAUUGGAUACGAUCAAUAUAUUUGAAUGCUAGGCCUUUUUUAUAAUUUCGAUUUUAAAAUUGUUACAAACUUACGAGAGUUAAACCAGUUAAAACACUCAUUGACCAAUAAAAACUAUUUUAUUAUUUAUAAUAUUUCUAUUUAUUGAAGAAUAAAGAUUUUAUUUUUGAAA